AUGUCGUCGAAGAUGGCCGACGUUUCCCACGAGGAGACCAUCGAUAUCCCCCUCCGACAACAUGGCGAGGUUCUCGAAGUCAGCCGAAGGGAACUGAAGGGAAACCAAGAGUUUGUCUUCAAUAUCUUGAACGACGAGGUCGCUGCGCUGUGGGUGUUUCUGGAUGUUGGGCUGGAGUACUAUAAACAGGGACAUUUGCUAGAGUUUGAGCAAGCGAUCCGGUCGGGGAUCUAUCGAGCACAACAGGAGCGAAACCCAAAGGAACAGCCACAUCAGCUGCUGCUCCUUAACGUCCUGGCGUCGUUUUACAUCGAGCUAGCGAAAACCACUCCAGCGGACGGUCGUUAUGUCACGCACAAAUCGAAUAACUUGACGAAGGAGGACUGCCUAUUGGAAGCUACGGCUUUGUUGAAUGAGGCGCGGAAGAUGGACCCGCAGGAUACGUUCGCUAUUGUUGCCUCAGGCAACAUUCUCCUGGCGCGGCAUCGACACGACGAGGCAUUGGAGGCUUUCGCUGCAGCACUUCGCCGCGACCCAAAUUGUGUGCCUGCGUUACUAGGCGAGGGUGCGGUUCGAUCUGCUAGUGGAGACCACAAAACUGCCCUGCAGAGAUAUCAAAGGGUUCUGCAAUUGCAACCCGACAUGCGUCCGGACGUCCGGGUGGCAAUCGGAAUAUGCUAUUACAAUCUUGGAGCCAUGAUCCAGGCCCGCAAGGCGUUCGAAAGAGCUCUGGCUGUGGAUCCCAACAACCCGGACGCCCUCACAUUACUUUCUAUCAUUGACUGGAACGGCCUUCGCUCUACGACCGACGGGACGAAAGUGGAGAAGGACGCGAUCGUGGCUCGCGCCAACGAGCGUCUGUUGCUGGUUUAUAAGAACGAAAGCAAGCACCCGCUGUUUUCGUGUCAGAUGGCCCAGAGGAAACUGAUAACACAGUCGUAUGGAGAUGCAAUUGAGUACGCAGAUCGUGUGGUGCAUCACAGUAAUAACCCAAAACUGCGUGCGGAGGCGUUGGUUUGCAAGGGGAAGGCCCUGAAAGCACAGGGUGACUCUGAUGCUGCAUUGCAGUGUUUUGAACAAGCCAACGCUCUGAACCCCGGGUCACGAUCUGCUCAGUACUCCCUGGGAAUGCUAUAUGUGCAGAAAGGCGAUGCCGAGAAAGGCGUGAGAUGCCUGGAAGCUAUCCUUUCCAAGGAGCCCAAUAACGUCGAAGUCAUUGUGCGCCUAGCAUAUCUAUACGCACAAUCGCCCAAACACCGGACCCAAGCAGUCGAGCUAUUCGAUCGCGCGAACAAACAAUCCGGUGGAUUACUGGACAGCGUCAAUGGAGUGAAUGGAAUCGCGGCCGAGUCAAAAUCAAGCGGCACCAUAGAGGAUCCCUUGGUCUGGCUCGAGAUUGCGAAAGUUAUGGAACAUACCAACAUGAAGAGAUCGCUGCAAUUGAACCUCAAAGCGAUAAAGCGCCUGACCCAGCAAGGGUCUCCCGUACCUCCAGAAGUGUACAACAACAUCGGAUCCUUAUGCCACGUCACAUCGCAACGGAUGAGCGCAACCGCCAAGGGUCCGAUCCUACCGGGACUCCAAAGGCCAGCCGCCGCCCACAUUCCGGUAGAAGACGGCCAAUCCGCAUUCGACAGGCCGCCAAUCGACAUGUUUGCCGCGAUAGGGCAUAUCGACGACGUGCUGAAACGCGAGGAGUUUUGGACGCGGGAGAAUUUGCUGCGGCUCGCGGAGGAUUUCUACUUUUUAGCGUUGCAGGCGUGUCAGCAGGAGAUUGGGAGAGGCAAUGUUUCUGAGGAUGCGCCGCUUACUGUUGUUACGGUGCGGUAUAAUCUGGCGAGGGUGCAGGAGAGUAUGGGGGAGACGAGUCGGGCGGAGGAUAUGUACCAAGAGUUGUUGCGCGAUCAGCCUGGAUAUUCUGAAGCCUACAACCGUCUGGGAAUAAUCGCCAUGAACGAAGGCCGCCACAACGACGCCGUCGAACACUUCCGGCUCCUCUCCGAAGCCGAUCCCAAACAACCCGAACCCCGUCUCUACAUGGGAAAAGCAUACCUAGCCGCCGACAACAAAAACAAUGCCAAACGGGCUUUUGACUCUGUGCUAAAAUACAUCGACAACCAAAACAUCCAGGCCCUCGUAGCCCUCGCGCACGUCCAGCUCGGUCUCGCCCGGUCCGCCCGGCAUAACCCCAAAGAGCGGGACGAAUGGAUCCAGCGUGCGCAUCGACUAUACGACGCCGCCCUGAAAGCCGAUAAGAAGAACGUGCCCGCAGCCGUCGGCAUGGGGAUCAUCCUCGCGGAAGUCGGGAUGCUAGAGGACGCAUUGGCGAUUUUCCGACAGGUCGAGCAAGCGACCGGCAACCUCCCCGCGGUAGCCAUGGACCUCGCGCACGUCAUCCUGGCGCAGGACGAGAAAGACGCCAAGAGCGCCAUACCCAUGUACGAGAAAGCGCUGAAGAAGGGCAACGAGAACGACGCGUAUGUCCUGCAAGCCCUCGCGCGCGCGUACUACAUCCUUGCCCGCGAGCGGAAAGACGAGGCGGCGAUGCAGGUGUCGUUGCGGUAUAUUGAGCAGGCGGCGAGGGUCGAGCCGAGCGAUACGGCGUGCUUGUUCAAUGUUGCGUUGGUGAAGCAGCAGAUGGCGGUGGUGUUGAAUGAUUUGCCGAUUGAGAGGAGGAAUUUGGCGGCUAUGCAUAGGGCCUUGCAGGGGAUUGAUACCGCUGAAAGGAUAUUCGGAGCCCUCGCGAACCGCGCACCGGAAAGCCGGCCCAACUACAACAUCGCGCACGCAUCACAUCGGAAGGCUUAUUGCAAGGAUGUACGCAAGUUGUCUGAGAAAAAGAUUCAUGAGACGACUACGCUGGAGAGGCAGAGGGAGGAGCGUAAGGAGCGGAUUCGGGAGGAGCAAAAAGCCAGGGAGGAGGAGAAGAGGCGGCGUGAGCACGAAGAAUCCGAGAAACGCCGCCUUCAGGAAGAAGAACGAGCCAAACAACGCGCCGAAGUCCAAGCGCGAGUCCAAAGCGACCUGCAGCGCGCACAACAGUACGCGGAAGAGGAACGCGAGCGCGAGGAGGCCAGUGGCGGCGGAAAGCGGAGAGGAGCUAACAAACGCGACCGCGAACGGGACGUGUCCCCGGAGUCGGCGGGUGAGGAGAGGGAGCCGGUUGAGAAGAGGAAAAAACUCCGCAAAAAACCCUCUUCAACCAAAUCCCGCGACUCGGACACCAGCACCGACAAGAAACCGCGGGGAACGGGCAGCAGAGGCCGUCCACGCGGCGUGCAAUCCCAACUCUCUGCCGAAUUCGUCUCGGAUAGCAGUGAUGAAGAUACGGUUGGUAGAACCAACGGUGACAACGGUCACGAGUCGGCGGCGGAGAACGGUAGGAAUGAUGGGAGGAGUCAUUCACCUUCCCCUGCAGCGGCGGCGGGGGUUACUGACGGGGAUGAGAGCCCACAUGGGGAGAAACGGCGACGGAGCGAGGAGGAUGAUGGGGCUGAAGCGAAUGGGCAUGGGGAUGAGGAGGAUGAGGAUGAAGUGCGGGUGAGGCCGCGGUUAAGCAAGAUUAGACGGACGGCGGUGGCGGAUAGUGACGAGGAGGAUGUGAGGGAGGAGGCACCUGCGGCUGAGGGUGAGCGUGAGGAGGCGGCGGCGUGA